AGAUGCUGAGGGGGAGGGAACAAGAAAGAGCCGCUCCGUUCUGCAAGAGAGGACCCACGGAAUAUCAUCAUCGUCCUCCUCAUCAUGAUGCCGGCCUCCUGGAUGCUUCUGCUGCUGGCCUGCUGCGGACACGGCAAUCCAAAGAGUGUCGGCCAGAUGCUGCCCGCGGAGCCUGGUGGUGAUUUGCCGUCCGAUGUGCGGAGUGUCUUCCUUAAAGAUAAAAGCCACACGGACAAAAUGGAAGUGUCGAGUCCCGUCAAUCUGACGCUGCAAUGCACCUGGACGGACAACGACAACAAAAUGGACAACAUCACUGGAUUCUGGAGAAAAGACGAGCGAGAUAUUGACAACAGUCACGUGACGCUGCGGCAAGAGAAGCAGCAGUUUCAACUCCAAAGAAUGUUCAUCAUUAAAGAUGAAGAAAGUCUAGGGAAUUACUCGUGCGUGUUUGGAAAUGAAGCAAAGGUUGACUUCAUUUUGACAGUGCCGCACAUGGGCGACGUGCGGGACAAGCCGGUGGUCAGCUAUGUUGGCGAUUCUGUGGUGUUGCUAUGCAAGAUGGAUGACAACAAGCCCAAACCCAAAACCUGGUUGUGGUUUAGAGCCAACGGCACUGACAAGGAGCAGAUCGACACUGUGACGGAACCUCAAAAGUAUCAAAUGAAAAACGACGAAAAAUCCACGAAGCUGCACGUGUACAAUCUGACCCACGACGACUCGGUUCUGUUCUACUGCAGUGCUGUGUUUGCCAUCGGCGCGGCCGUCAGCCACCUGGAGCUGAAGGUAAUCACCAUUUACGAGCCAUUGAAGCCCUUUGUCGCCAUCGUGCUGGAGGUCCUCGUUCUAGUCACAGCCAUCUUGCUCUUUGAGAGUAAUCGGUCCAAGAAGGCCCAAGCGCAAGACGCCUCGGGGGACGAGGUGGCCAACGCCGAGGCGCCGACCACGAACGCCGAGCCCCCCACCACCACCACGGUCACCACGCCGUCGGGAGAAAGCAACGGAUUGGACGAAAACCCCUUGGCCAGGCAACGAAACGUUGAAAAUGUCGCUCAACAAAAGCAAUAAAUGACUUGUGGAUUUGAUUACUAUAGCUCCAAAUCCAACACGUAAACUCUAGCAUUAAGCAGUUUUUUUCAAACAGACAAAUGGCAAUAACCGCACCUUACAAUGCUAAGGUGCCGAACACAUGGUGCAAAUCACUAAAAGUAGUGCUUAGGUGCUGUGGUAUUUGAAGUAAUACAGGUGUUAGCACUCAUAUUUUAUUAACAUAGGAUGUCCCGUGUGUCAAGGUGCACUGUACUGUAUUGUAAAUGCACUUUUUGUUUUCCAUUGAGAAUAUAUAUCUGCCAAUAUUUAAUUGACAGUUUUUGUAAACACUGUCAUUAAAGUCAAUGUGUAACAAA